AAAAUAUUGGAAAGGUGUCCAAGUCGGUCGUCGGUCGGUCGGUUUUUGUGGGGCGAUCGAACUUUAGUCCAAAAAUUGUUUCAAAAAUCUAAUUUUCUUUUCGAAUUGCUUUUAUUUUGUUUGCUUUUGGUUCUGGGAGUGCGGAAUAGCUCCUUGCUAGGAAGAAUCUGUCCAGUUUCCCCCGGUGGGAAGGUGACAAGUGAGUGAGAAAAAAAUCGUUCCUGCCUCAAUCCGUCAAAUUCCGUCAUUUUGCGAGUGCGAUUCCACUGUUGCUAAAUAAAACUGCAGUGUGGCAAAAAGGAAGGGAGGGAGGUCCGUCAUUUUAGUUGCACUUUUGAGAAAAUCUUGCCAAACCUACGGUGGACAUGGAUUAGAGUGACGACCCCGGGGGGAAGCUACCAAGAAGAACCGUGUCGAUAAAGAACCUUCGCAAGGUUGAGUGUUUCGAGGGUAAUCGGAAUAUCGACAUGGAGGACGAUUCGGGCGCUGGCGAUGGCCAUCAACAUCCGAGGCCGAAAAAGUCCAGACUUUCGGAGGACCAUGACGGAAUGUCGUCCUCGGAUUCGAUUCCAGCAACAACAGCAGUUGAAGGUUCAGGGGGCGGCGGAACAGCUGUUGCUGCAGAACCAGUUGAGGAGAAGUCAUCGUCGCCGAAUCGUGAGGUGAUCGAAGCUACGGAAGGUGAUACCAAAAUGGUCGACCCGGAAUCCCCCAUAAAUUCCGUCCCAAUCGCCACCCCAGAGCAGGGUCCUUCGACCAAGAUGGACCUGGACGUUGGAUCUCCUUCCACCGAGGACGGAGCUGCGUCCAGCAGUGCCGCUGCAGCAGCCGUUAUUGCCGAGCCAUCCACCGACGCCCCUCCCGAGUCCGCUGACAGCGUUCCCACCGGAGAGGUAGCUUCCAACGAGGUGGUAGAUUCCUCGGAGCGCAGUGCCAGGACUCGGAACCGUUUCCGCGGACGAAGCUACCGCCAGCGGUCGGAUUCGUCCAGCUCGGAGCAGAACGAGGGCAGGGCCGAGGACGGCGAGCAAGACCCGGACGUCGAGGCGAUGAUCCGUCGACUGGUUGAUGAGAUGAAUCGGGAGAACAAUGACGCCAGCGAGGACGACGACGAGGAGGACAAUAACGAAAGGGAUGAAGAUAGCAUGCUGUCCUCGACGGCAGAUUCCGAUGAUUCGGAUACGUCUUCGCCGGCCGUUUCAAUCGACGACGACGACGAUGACGAUAGCAGUGAUGACAACGAGGAAGGUUCGGACAACAACGCGAAUGCUCCGGUGGACGUGUCAAAUCUCCCGUUCAUGCAAACUGCCAACGUUAAGAGCACCUGGGACUACUUUCGCGAGAUCCAGCUGCGAUCGCUUGGACUGUCCUACCGGACCAAGUCGUCGCUGGGUGGAGUCCGGUACAAUUCGAGCCAGUUUCAGUCGCGGGCUUACGGGUCUAAACACGUGGUCGAACGACUAGCGUUGGCCCACCGACUGCGCAAACACGGCGGUUGUGUCAACAGUUUGAACUUCAACGCGGCCGGAACGCUGCUGGCCAGUGGUUCGGACGACCUGAAGAUCAACAUCUGGAACUGGGAAACGGGGAACCGGCUGGCGCAUAACAUCGCCAGUGGCCACAGGUCGAACGUGUUCCAGACCAAGUUUGUCGAGGCCAGCGGAUACCGGAGCGAGCUUGAACUCAUCUCAACCGGACGGGAUGGACAGGUCCGUCACUUUCGCGUGGGCCCCGCAGGUGACGUCAAGCGGGCGGUGCUGUUCAAGCACAGCCAGCCGAUUCACAAGAUUGCCAUUCCGGCGCGGUCACCGUACGAGUUUCUGACGGCGUGCGAAAACGGCGUCGUCAAGGGGUACGAUCUGCGGGAUAACGUAGCGAAAAAGGUGACCCACACCAGGAAGCGACUUUAUAGCAUCUCGACGCAUCCGCUCGAUAAUGAAUUUUGCGUGUCAGGCAGUGACGAGUCGGUGCUGGUGUACGACCGGAGGAAUCCGGCCAGGCCGGCGAAGAGUUUGUACCCGGUGCACAUGAAGAAUGCGAAUAAAAAGGAGUUUUUUACUGUUACCUGCGCGGUGUACAACAACACAGGAACGGAAAUUCUUGCCAGUUAUUCGGAUGAGGAUGUUUAUCUCUUCGACAAUGUACAUCACGAGGAGGGAAAGUAUCUGCAUAGGUACAGCGGUCACUGCAACGUCAAAACGAUCAAGGGCGUCAACUUUUUCGGCCCCCAGUCGGAGUUUGUGGUGAGCGGCAGCGAUUGCGGCAACAUCUUCUUCUGGGACAAGCAGAGCGAAAUCAUCGUCAACUGGCUGAAGGGAGACGACGCCGGGGUGGUCAACUGCCUGGAGCCGCAUCCGGAGUUUCCCAUUUUGGCCACAUCCGGGCUGGACCACGAUGCCAAAAUUUGGGUCCCGAACGGAACGGACGAUGAGCACGAGGCGCCGGUCUUUUCACGCGAGGCGCUGGAAAAGUGCGUCCGGCGGAACCUGCGCGUCCGCCAGAACAACCGCUGCACGUCGUUUAGCGAGAACCGCAUCCUGGAUUUUCUCAUGCUCAGUCGGCCGGGGAUUGGUGGGCGGUUACGCCGCCGCUUCUCCUCGGACAGCGACGGUCCAGCGGGUGGAGAUGGUAGCGGCGGCGGUGGCGAAAAUCCAGACGGGGACGGUUCGGGCCGGGGCGACGACGACGACAACCGGAUGAUUCUGCGGUGUAAUCCGUCGUAAAAGCAGCAGCAGCAGGGAAAGGCCGAGGGCAAACAGAGAGUUUAAAACAUGUGAUUUUAUCGAACACCUUUUUCGAAUGUACCGAGUGCGUUCUAAACGGCUUAAAUAUAAAUACUAGGAACCGUCGUGUUGCGAUAACCGCUCGUAGUAGCUUUUGUUUUAUAUAUAGUUACAAAAGUAAAUUAAAAAGUUUGAACUUGUUUUUUUUUUCACUGUAUUUUCCUUUUUCAAACUAUUUUUUAUCGGCAGCGCUGCAGAGAUAGGCGAUUAAAACAUCUUAUUUUUGCAGGCGAUAUGGUGAACUUAGUUGAUUCUUUAUAAAUGCACUUUUAAAGAGAAAAUAUAUUAUCUUCAUUAUGUAAAAAUAUAA